CUCCAUUAAUGAAACUGAUCAAACCUCACACCUCUUUCUCACUCAGCUCUCAGCCACGUACUCAUCCCACUCCACCACCACCGUACCACGCAACACACAAUGCCUAGUGCCGCCGCUGCCGCCAAUAUGGCUAGAGACGAGGACGACGACGGCGACAACGCAGCUGAGCUUUCGUGCUUUCACGCCCUCUGCCCCAACCCCCUCCAUAGGUCUCAGCUGGAGCCGCUGAACGGCGGGACCCGCAAAGACAACAGCGGGUCGAAGCAGCCGAGAAACACGUCAUCUGCUUACCGACACGAUUUCACGGACACGACUGCGUCCUCCCUCUUCCCCAAUGCCCACUUCACCGACUUCGAAUCUCUUCCGUCCAUCCAAGAGUCCUUCGCUCAGUUCAUCACAGCUUACCCUCUCUACUCCCAGACCAAACAGAUCGACAACAUCAGAGCUCAAGAGUACUACAACCUCACCCUCUCCAAACACGUCUGUCUCGAUUACAUCGGGAUCGGCCUCUUUUCCUACGCCCAGCAGGUCCAGGCAUUCCCCCAAUUCCCCGUUUCCUCCCCAUCUUCUUCUUCUUCUCCGAAGCAACACGGGUCCCUCGAUUUUCCCACCACUUUCUUUGAUAUAACAUUCAACUCCGUGAACUUGAAGUCCCAUUUGUUGAACGGCGGGGAUGAAUCACCGCUGGAGCGCGGGAUCAAGAGCAGAAUCAUGGAUUUCCUCAACGUCUCCGAGAGGGAUUACUCCCUAGUUCUGACCGCGAACAAGUCCUCGGCUUUCAAACUGGUGGCGGAGUCUUACCCUUUCCAGACGAACCGGAAGCUGCUGACGGUGUACGACCACGGGAGCGAGGCGCUGGACACAAUGGUGAAUGCGGCGGAGAAGAGGAGAGCCCAGGUGUCGUCCGCGGAGUUCAAGUGGCCUCGGCUCAGAGUCCACGCGGAGAACCUGAAGAAAGCAAUUUUGGGGAAGAAGAAGAAGAAGAAGGGAGAGAAGGGGCUGUUCGUGUUCCCUCUCCAGUCGAGAGUGACGGGGGGAAGCUACUCGUACCAGUGGAUGAAUCUGGCGCAGGAAAACGGGUGGCAUGUCUUGCUUGAUGCAUGUGCUUUAGGACCCAAGGACAUGGACAGCUUCGGUCUCUCUCUUUUCAAGCCCGAUUUCCUCGUCUCUUCCUUUUACAAGGUUUUCGGGGAUAAUCCCACCGGGUUCGGCUGUUUGAUUGUCAAGAACUCCGUUGUCUCCAUUCUCGAAGAAUCAAAAACAGCUUGCAUUGUGUCCCUUGUGCCACAAACCCCGCAAUUCCAUUCACCAGAAGUGGAAUGCAAGUGCUUGGAUCAAGUGGACUCAUUGGGAUUGAUGGUGGUGAACAAGAGAAGAAAAUACCUCAUCAAUUGGCUGGUGGCGGCGCUGACGAAGCUGCAGCAUCCGAACAGGCUGGACGGGUUUCCCCUGGUGAGAAUUUACGGCCCCAAAAUCAAGUUCGACAGAGGACCGGCUUUGGCAUUCAAUGUGUACGACUGGGAGGGAGAAAAACUUGAUCCCACCUUCAUACAGAAGCUGGCUGAUCGGCACCACAUAUCCCUCAGCCAAGGGGUUCUGAACAACAUUUGGUUCCAAGACAAGUACCAAGAAGAGAGGGACAGAAUUUUGGAGAAGACGAAGACCGAAAAACAAGGGGAGAGCAGGGACAACAAAGGAGCCAAAGGGAUAUCGGUGGUGACUAUUGCCCUGAGUUUCUUGGCUAACUUCGAGGACACUUACAGGUUUUGGGCAUUCAUUGCUCGGUUUCUUGAUGCAGAUUUCGUGGAGAAGGAGAAGUGGAGGUACACUUCUCUCAACCAGCGAAAUGUUGAAGUGCUAUAGUAGUAGUUUUUUUUAUCGGCAUUUACUUUUAUAGGAAUUGUGUCGAGCACUUGGUGUGCACAACCAAAUCAUUCUGUAUACAGAAUCCUGGCGGGAGAGAUGAGUUACCCUUUGAACUAUACUGGAAUACUUUGGAUUAUAACCAAUAAUUAAUCUUAAAUCAAUUA